GCCAAUCAGACGCGCCCUUUCCGCAACAGCGCUUACCACGGAACAUCACUGCCACGUAGAAGUAUUGGAUUCUCUCUUCUCUCCUCCCGUGUUCCGAAUUUUAAUUUUGACGUAUUUCCACACCGGCCAUGCUGCUACCGGUGUUGAGCUGGUUCUACACCUCCAUGCUGAGCGCCGUCUGCGGCGGAGCUCUGCCGGAGGCUGAGGUCACGAUCGAAAUCCUGCACAAACCUUUCCUCUGUCAUCGCAAAACUAAGUAUGGAGACAUGUUAUUGGUGCACCAUAAAGGCUUCUUCGAGAAUGGUACCAUAUUUCAUGACAGUCGGGGUGAUCCUACUCAGGGUGACAAAGACGCAAUGUGGUUUAUAUUAGGUAUCAGGGAAGCGAUCAAGGGCUGGGAUCAAGGCCUGCAGAACAUGUGUGCAGGGGAGAAAAGAAAGUUGAUCAUCCCUCCAGCUUUGGCCUUUGGGAAAGAAGGGAAAGGUAAAAUCCCCCCUGACAGCACUUUAACCUUCAUCAUCGAGCUGCUUGACAUCAGAAACGGCCCAAGGUCGCAUGAGUCGUUUCAGGAGAUGGACCUCAAUGAUGACUGGAGGCUUUCCAAGUCAGAGGUAAAGCAAUACUUCAAGAAGGAGUUUGAGCGUAAUGGCUACCCUCCUAACGACACCUUGCAUGAGAAUAUGAUGGAAGACAUUUUUGCCAAAGAAGAUGAAAAUAAAGAUGGCUUCAUAUCCUCCAAGGAGUUUACUUACAAGUAUAAACACGAUGAACUCUAAAGUAUCUCAGGUUUAAGGACAUUGACAUGUAACUUUGCUCUGAUUGACCCACAUGAACCACAAAAUGUGGUUUUGCUGCAGGGAUAUUAUAUUAUUGUCUAACUUUGUUAUAAAUGUACAAAUAUUUUCAAAAUACAUGCAGCAUGGCUUGCUUCAUUCUACAUUUCAGCAAGGGAAAAAAUAGUAACAUAAUAGGUGUUGUCUGUUUUUAUUUUUCUAUCAAGCAAAUAAGAUGUUGCACUUGUAUAUUGUCUCUUAGAAUCAAUGUGAUCAAUAAAAGUGACUUUAAAAGUUA